UAACACAUUUUAUCUUUGAUUUACCAAGGCUAUAAUAACCCAGAGUAAUGUUUGCAAGAGGGAAGCAGCUUUUCUGAAGAUGACCGGCCUCCGACACAUUCUUCCAAAGAACGCCGUAGACGCUGCCUCCCUGUGCUAUGCUUUACUUCUGAUACACAAUGUAAUAAUUCUGGGCGAUUUCGUCGUCGCGCCAUGGAUGAAAGAACAUUAUGGCACAACAGAUUUGCAAAUACUUUGGUACAAUAUCUAUGGGGGUUUUGUGUACAUAAAUGUCAUUGGAAACAUGUGGAAAAUCAUGACCACGAACACAUCAACUAUUGGCAAAAUUUUACCGACACUUCUAAAACCAGGUUGGCACUACUGUGUGGUGUGUGAGGCCAAUGGACCACCUCGCUCAUACCACUGCCCUACCUGUAAUCGCUGCAUCCUUAAGAGGGACCACCACUGCAUGUUCACCGGUAAAUGCAUCGGCUACUUCAAUCAUCGCCAUUACAUCUGCCUGAUCUGUUACACCUGGCUGGGGGCCAUGUUCGCUUCCACCUACUGUAUGGGAUUCACCUGGACCAUGCUGGGAGAAUUUUCAUUUUACAAUCUGUUAUGUUUUUGUUUUCCCCUGUUUUUACUACUGUUUGGAAUGUUGGAUUUCUAUACAGCCAUUAUAUGUCUGCUCACGCUGGUGGCGACGUUAUUCUGGUUCAUUAUAACUAUUUUGAUUGUCUGGCAUUCCAAGCAUAUAAUUUACAAUAUGACUACGCAUGAAAGACGACACAAUAUAUACACGUACAAUCUAGGCUGGAGAGAGAACAUUAAGCACAUCUUCGGUAGUAAGUGGUACGUAUGCUGGUUGUUUCCGUGGAUACAGUCCCCACUUCCUGGAGACGGAAUGUCAUUCCCGACGUCAGAGAACUUUGAAAGUCAGAAAGACCAAUAGCUCAGGCUUAACUCUAGGGUAGCUAAUAGACUUAGGAAUCAAGUUUAAUAUUGCAAUUGUAAAACAGUGCUGUCUGCUUUUUGUUUGUUGUUUUUGUAAGUGUACGGAUAUGCUUAUAAAUCCACUAGACUUGUUGUUAGCGUUAUCCCUGACUUUGUGUCACAUAUUUUUUUUUGUUAAAAUUAGAUACAUUUAUAAACAGUGCCAUGUGUUGUGAAAGAAUAAAUGUGAACCUCGCAAAAUUGAAUAGACACAAAUUAUGUUUAUUAUUUAUUGUUUAGCUCCUUUCACUCAUUAUCUUUUGAAAAUAGCAUUUUGAGUUUCUAUAUUCAAUGAACAGCAUGAAUGUAUUUAACUGUACUCAUGGGUGUUGAAGAUGUUACAUACCUGAAAUAUAUUUUGUCAGAUUCAAGUCAAACAUUUUUAUGGUAUUUUGAAGUGCAUAUACCCAAGGGUUGUGUCUUUGUCAACUUUUUUUUAGAAAUCUGUGGCUUAUUCAGCAUUAUACUUGUAUAUCCCUUGUACGGCACUUUGAUUACAUACAGGAUUGUAAUUAUUGAUUUGAUACUUCAUACCAUAUAAGCAGAAUUUUUAGCGAGGAUUUAAUUUUGGCAUUAUUAGCGAGGUUGCCAAGAUCACUAAAAUUUAAUAUCGCUAAAAAUUAAUUGUGCUUUAUUUGUAAUAGCUUUUUCAGUGAGCUUUUUAAAAUCACUAAAAUAACAUCUUGCUAAAAAUAAAAUCCCAAUUUUAAGGACAAAUUGCUAAAUUUGCAUCUCGCUAAAAUUUCCAUUUAUACAAUAAUAGAUCUCAAGAAGAAAGUUCAUCCAGGGUCACGUUCUAGUUGUUUUUUUUUUCAUUGUUCAUAGUUGUCUACCAGCUACAUUGUACAUUUAGCUUCAAUUUAGAAUUAUUAAUUUUUUUUUGCUAGUUUAAUGAAGUAUUUUAUGUAAGUUGAACCUCAAUUACUGCUUGACAUUGACUUCCUACAGUGUUAUCCAAUCAUUGUUAAUAUUUUACUUUCAUUUAUGAUUAAUUAACUACAGCAUACAAUCAGCUGAUUUUUCCACUUCAUUAUUGGUUGUAAUUUGAUAUAUCAUUGUCUCCCUUGUCUCUGCUUGUACAGAAAAUCCAGGUCCUAAUGAUCAGCAGAAUAAAAUCACUUGACCAGAAUUUAAUAUAAAAGGUUUAAGUGAAAGUAUUUAGAACCAUCCAAUGUUGUAAUGUGAAUGAAGUAAUCUUUUAUUAGCCUUACAAGCAAUAUGUUUUGGGUGCUGUUUGUACAAAGAAGUAACCUUAUAUUUAUAGAUCCAGUAUGUCCUUAUACAACAUGUACAAGAUGAGUUAUGUUUAGUGAAAGAAUAAAUAUCUGUAUUCUUUUUCAAAA